CUUACCACUGACACGUGGACCUCAACUCAAAACUUAAACUAUAUGUGUCUCACAACCCACUUCAUAGAUGAUGAUUGGAAAUUGCAAAAAAGAAUCAUAAACUUUGGUCAAGUGGAAGAUCAUAAGGGAGAGACAAUUGGUAAAAAACUUGAAAUGUACUUACUCGAAUGGAAUAUUGGUAGCAUAUUUACAUUGACUGUAGACAAUGCUAGUUCCAACAGCACCACAAUUAAGUUUUUAAAACGGAAAACAAGGGACUGGAAAGGGACUGUUUUGGGGCAUGAGUUCUUACACAUGCGCUGUUGUGCGCAUAUUCUGAACCUUAUAGUGGGAGAUGGUUUGAAAGAGCUUCAUACAUCCAUUGCUAGAGUUCGUGAAGCUGUGAGGUAUGUAAGGUCCUCUCCCAAUAGAUAUGAAGUUUUUAAGAAGUGUGUUGAGAAACAAAAAAUUGUGUCGAAAAGUCUUGUGUGUCUUGAUGUGCCAACUAGGUGGAACUCCACUUACCUAAUGUUGGAAGCUGCUGAAAAGUUUGAAAAGGCUUUUGAGAGAUUGAGGAUGAGGACUCUAAUUACCGAGCUUACUUCAAGGUUUGCAAGGGUGAGGAUGGAGAUGGGCAGGUGUUUGGGGAUGAAGAUGAGAAUAUGGAUGAAGAUGAGAAUGAGGAUGGGGAUGGGGAAAAUGGGAGGAAGAAAUCAAGGAGAUCUCCAACAGCAAGAGAUUGGAAUAAUUGCAGAAUUUUUUUAAAGUUCUUAAAACUUUUUUACAAUGCAACCAAACGAUUUUCAGGUUCUCUUUUUGUUACUUCCAAUUGCUUCUUUGAUGAGAUGUUUGUCAUCCAAACCAAGAUAGAGCAAUUAAUCAAAAAGGAUGACAAACUUUUGUCCACAAUGGCACAAAACAUGAAAGAAAAAUUUGAAAAGUAUUGGGGUAAUGGGGAGAAAAUCAACUUACUUGUGUAUGUUGCUUCCAAUGAAGAAAAGUUUGAUAUAUUGGGAUGGUGGAAGGUCAAUUCUUCCAAGUAUAGAGUGUUGUCUCAAGUUGCACGUGAUGUCUUGGCAAUACCCGUCUCUACAGUAGCUUCUGAAUCAGCCUUUAGUACAGGAGGACGCAUUUUAGACCCAUUUCGUAGUUCAUUAUCUCCAAUGAUGGUGGAGGCUCUGAUAUGUACACAGAAUUGGCUUCAAAGCAUAGUUCCUAUUUCUCUUCGGAAGGCAAUGGAUGAUGUGGAGGAACUUGAACAAUAUGACCCUGUAGCUCUUUCUGAAUUGGCAUCAACCUCAAACCCAAGUCCAAAUAUUAUCACACUCUAGUAUGGCUUGGCUUCGAUCUUUUUGGUUUCAUGGGGAGUUAACUGACUUUCUUGACUUUUGGUUUUAUACAAUUAACAUAGAUCAGUACUCUUCUUUUUGACUUUAUGAACAAAUAUUUUUGCACAUGGAUAGUGAUUGGGAUAACUAUACUUGUGAAUGUUUUGAUGGAUUACUGUCUGUAAUUAUGAUAGACUGAAAAUGGAUGGUGACAAACUAA